UACAGGUUGGGCAGAGCAGCCUUAUCAGAGACCCACCUCCAAAUGUAAGAGCAUUUGGCUAAACCUUUCACGCCGCCCACCUCCUUCCUUCGACCUCCCUCUGACUUUCCGAGCUUUUUUCCGAUGAAUUCUCCUGCGAAAAUCUGAGUUUUCCGGCGCUCCUCCCUUCUUCAUCGCCUGUGACGUCAGCUUUCGACGGUAGAAGAAAUAUAUCGGCGACAGCCACGUCCGACGGUGAGCAGCGACCGGAGACAAUGAUUUUCGACCAGCGACGGUAGUGGUUGAGAGUAAGAUAGAAAAAAAUAUGUUAUGGGCAAUCUGUGCAUUAUAAGAUAGAAAAAGAUAUGGUAUGGGCAUCUACCAUGGAGGACAGUAUUGGAAGAUAAAAUAUCGACCUCAUGGAGACACCACCGGCUGAAUUUGGUCUCUGGUCAGUCUAUAUACAAUAUACUGGCCUCUAUAUAGUCACUCUAUAGCUAACAGUCCAACAAAUAAUAACCCACGACAAGGUUGCAGAUUAUUUGGGCCGCGAGAGGGCUUGUGGCCUUAAGACGUGUUAGGCAGAGGAAUCCCAGAGCCCAACCGUCUCCCUGUAAAAAUCAACGGGCAGAGGCCCAAGCCAUUGGUAGACAUCUCGCCACAGCCAUGUCCAGUCUAACCAAUAAACCGAAACUAAUGGGAACAUCUCAUUUGUCCUCUCCACUUGCUUCCUUCAAGACUCAACCAUUGCAGAAGCCCUCCAUGCUUGGCAUGCAAAGAGCUCCACAAGUCCCAUCUUCAACCCAAUGGGCCACCUUCGAGGAGACCAGGCAGCUUCAUGCCCACAUAAUCAGAACCCAAUUCCAUCACCACCCUUACCCUUUUCUUCUCGGGAAAUCUCUCUAUGCACAGUAUAACUUCAUAAUCACCUCUUACACCAAGAACAACAGUCCAGAAGAUGCUAUUAAUGUCUACCUUCAUAUGAGGUCCACAGGGACGCCACUGGAUGAGUUCAUUAUCCCUUCUAUCUUAAAGGCCUGCGCGGAGUCUCAGGCUGGGGACCAGGGAACGGAGGUUCAUGGGUUUGUGACAAAAGUUGGUCUCGGCUGGGAUGUGUUUGUGCAGAACUCGCUCAUGCAAAUGUACAGUGAGUGCAGAAUGGUUGACUCAAUGCGUAAAGUGUUCGACAAGAUGCCUGAAAGAGAUGUUGUUUCGUGGGGAACACUGAUUGGUGGAUACAACAGCAACAGAUGCUUUGGUGAAGCCGCUGAUAUUAUCAAAGAGAUGCAUGAUGCUGGUGUUAAGCCUAGUGAAGUUACCAUGAUCAACAUGAUCAACCUUUUUGCAGGUUUUGGGGAUCCAAAAAUUGCAAAAUCCAUGCAUGGUUUCGUAAUUAAAAACCAGAACGGCGAACUUCAUCUUUCUACCAAUACAGCAUUGAUAGAUAUGUAUGCCAAGUGCGGAAGUUUAUGUCCAGCACGGCGACUAUUUGAUGAACUUCCUGAACGAAGCAUAGUGUCGUGGACGGCCAUGAUAGCAGGCUACAUUCACUCCGGCAGUUUAGAAGAAGGCAUCAAGCUUUUUCAAGAUAUGCAGAAUGAGAAUGUACACCCUAAUGAAGUAACAAUGUUGAGCAUGGCAACGGAAUGCGGAAAUGCUGCAGUGCUUGAUUUUGGCAAGUGUCUUCAUGCUUACAUGAUUAAGACUGGUUUCAACAUGUCUGUUGUUCUGGUCACAGCUUUGCUGGAUAUGUAUGCCAAAUGUGGGGAUAUUUAUAGUGCACGCUUCUUGUUUGAUAGAAUGAGCUACAAAGACGUGAUGUGCUGGACAGCCAUGAUCUCUGGAUAUGCCAGGGCCGGAGACCUCAAUCGUGCGUAUAAUCUAUUUGUACAGAUGCAAAAUGCAAAGAUUAAACCUAACCAAGUAACACUUGCUAGUAUGCUUUCACUGUGUGCCAAUGGUGGAGCCCUUGAUAUAGGGAAAUGGGUUCAUGCUUGCAUAGACAAACAUGGGCUUAAAGGUGAUAUGAUACUCACCACUGCUCUUCUGGACAUGUAUUCAAAAUGUGGAGACCUGGAUAAAGCAGAACAAGUGUUUGCAGGAGCCCCAGAUAGAGAUAUAUGCAUGUGGAAUGCCAUGAUGAGUGCCUUUGCCAUGCAUGGCCAAGGGAAGAAUGCAUUGAAGCUAUUUCACCAAAUGGAGCGCGCAGGAGUUAGACCAAAUGACAUAACAUUUAUAGCGCUGCUGCACGCAUGUAGUCAUGCAGGUCUCUUAGCAGAUGGGCACCAAGUGUUCAAGCGCAUGAUCCAUGAGUUUGCGCUGAGGCCCAAAGUAGAGCACUACGGAUGUAUGGUCGAUCUGUUAGGGCGAGCUGGGCUUCUUGAUAAAGCAUAUAACCUAAUAGAGCGCAUGCCGUGUAGACCAAACGUUGUCAUAUGGGGAACUCUUCUUGCUGCUUGUAAGCUCCACGGUAACACCCACUUAGGCGAACUUGCAGCCAAAAGCCUGAUUGAGCUAGAACCUGACAACUGCGGGUACCAUGUACUUUUGUCAAACAUGUAUGCCGCAGCAAACAGAUGGGGUGACGUUGCAGAGGUGCGGAAGAAGCUGAAAGAUCAGGGAAUUAAAAAGGAACCUGGCUUUAGUUCGAUAGAAGUGAACAAUUCAGUACAUCAGUUCGUAAUGGGGGACCAUUCGCAUCCUCAGGCCAAAAAAAUACAAGAAAUGCUAGCCGAAAUGAAUAAGAAAUUAAAAAGUGCAGGUUACAUUGCCAAUACUUCUGUGGUUUUGCUUAAUAUAGACGAGGAAGAAAAAGAAAUUGCACUUGCUAACCAUAGUGAGAAAUUGGCUAUAGCGUUUGGUCUUAUUAGUACAACAUCAAACACCCCAAUGAGGAUAGUGAAGAACCUCCGAGUAUGUGAUGACUGUCACUCUGCUACGAAGCUCAUCUCCAAAAUCUAUGGCCGAGUAAUUGUUGUAAGGGAUCGAAACCGCUUUCACCAUUUCAAGGACGGUUCUUGUUCUUGUGGAGAUUUUUGGUAGAGAAAAUAGCCAUUUCACCGAAGUGCAGGAAGUCAAAUUAAAAAGUGCAGGUUACAUUUCUCAGAGAGUCCAUAAUUAGCCCAGCCAUUGUUCUGCUUGUCGAUCCCCACCUCCUCCAACUGCAUGACGGAUGCUGAUCUUUUCAUUGGCAUACUUCUCCUGAAGCAUCUCAAAGGCAUUCAUGUCAAGUUUUCCUGUAACUGAUUUGCCUUGCUUUCUGUGUGUCAUCUGUUCACGGAUGGACGUCCAAAGCUUCUCAAUUGCAUCCCUCUGUUGUGCAGUAAAUCUACCAAUGUUGUCAAAAGCAUGUUUCACCAAGAUAUCAAUCACAGUUUGGGCCCUGAGAAGAUCCAAGAUAAGCAUCAUGACUGAUGUCCAAGGCAGAAACCAAAAGUACAUUACAGGAAAAACGAGAAUAAGCUCCCAAUCAUGAAACAUAGAUUAAAGAAAAUGUGUCAAGAGAUUAAACCAUGGUGGUAUAUAGCGACGGGCAGCA